AAACAAACACAUUCAUUCAGGCACCGCGAGGAUGCGGUUGGUCGUCGUCACUCAUUGUCUUGGUUUUUAAGUCGCCUUUUUUCACGUCUGAGCUUGAAUCAGGCGUCGUCAUUCUCUCUCUAUUAGUCAUGCUGCAGCCAAGUCUUUUGUCGCUGCUCAUCCACUCUCUGCUCAUCUCGCUCGUCUCCACUGCUUCGCCUGUCGGGCGCAAUCGCCAGCGGCGCGACAGCGGAACCGUCUGGGCCACGCCCCACGAUGCCUUUUCUUCUUCGAUAGGCGUCUUGGGAUGCAAGGUCAACACUAAUCGCGUCGCCUACUGGCCCCAGUCGGUCGACUGCACAAACAUCUGCAUCGCCCUCACUUAUCAAGACCGCACCGUCCACCUCCUCCGAAUCGAUCAAUCCGAAGGCGCGUACGACGUCAGUUACGAUGCCUGGAACUACCUCUACACUGGCUACUCUGCCACCGACAAACCCGCCGCCGGCGGUCCCAUCGAGAUGACCUACAAGGACGUAGACGCUUCCAACUGCAAAGACCUCAUCGACACGAAACACGGUCACCUCCCGCUCAGCGCUGCGAACAGCAUGAACUUUCUCACCAGCUGUCUCGAGCAGAACAAUACAUGGGUCGGCGAGAACUAUGUCCUGUACAACAUCCUCGAUUCUCUGUGUACUCUCGGUCGCGACGAAACAUGCGACCUCGACUACCCCAACGCGAAUCAAGCUGCUUGCCCACACCAGCUCGGACUCCCAGACAAGCUCGAAAACCUACCCGUAUACAACAUCAGAUAUCCGAGCGGUGAAAAAGUGAGCGCAUCGGAUGGGCAAUCAGCACCAACAGACGACGAAGAGGAUGUCGGAACAAGCCUCUCCCAACCGAGCGGGAAGACGUUGGCGUUGGUCAUUGUGCUUACAACCUGCCUUGCCUUUGGAGUCUAGCCCGGUUGAUAGACCUUGGCUCUCUACUAGGGAGCUACAGCACGUUGGCAUUGGUGUCUUGAUGACGGUGGUGAUAUCCGGAGUUCUAUGGUUGCUUGUGUAGACGCUUGAUGACUUGGGAGGCGGGAAUUGCUGUUCUUGAUGAUACCCUACUAUCCUUCACUGCUACAUAUUUUAACGACAUAAACUACAAACCGAGAUGUUUGGCUGAGACAUUGUCUGAGUCACGUAUCUUGGUCAAGUAAUUAUUAUUGAACCAGUUCAUUCAUUUUACAAUUUGGUUGCCGAUUAUCCUAACAAAGAAACCACGGGCAGCUACGUUGUCAUUUAUUUUUCCAUGUGCAAUGCCUUCUUGACCUUAUCCAUUGUUGAAUGGCUGUGCUGGCCGGCGGUCUUGCCCUCGCUAGGUCCAGAGUCGGGCUGCGUCAGAGCAUGAGAGCCAUGCAUCUUCUGCUCCUCCUCCUCGGCUCUGUGGAUGAGGUCGUGAGUCUCGACGGCCGUCUCAUCGUCGAGCCCGGUGGGCGCCUUGGGCUGAGAGCCACGUCUCGGCUGCACGUUGGGGUCUUCCUUCUUGCCCUUCAUGGUUGCUAAUGGAUGGUCUUGUGAAUUGAUUCUUGUCUGGUGUAUGCUGUUUGUCUUGG